CGGAAGAGUUCUGGCGGAAGCAAGUCUCAUCGUGACACUUGCGACAUGUGCUGCAAAAGACGAGGCUGGCGCACUCGGCAUCCUGACCACGGCAACGGCGGGGAGUGCCCUUGGGAUACUGGGUCUCGGGAUAGUUGUCGAUGUAGCAAUGGUGAUGAAUGCUCGUCUGACUUCUCUGGCGCUGUGAAGGCGCCAUACUGAGUGGCUUGGCUCGAAGCCCCUUGAUUUCUUUGCUCGUGAGAUUUGUUGAUGUGAUGAGCCUCUUCGACCUCGAUCGAAGAACUCUUUGUGGUUGUUGAGUAUGGAAAGAGUAAGAAAGAGAAGAAGGGGCCAAAUCAGCUCAUGUACAGAUUUACUUAGGCAGACCACCCCGCUUGCCGGUCAGAGGUGGCAUUUUGUGUCUUUCUUGACCUGACCGUGAAGCUCAUGAUAGCCCUAGGGCAGGCCCUCAAUGCAGUGUGAGCGAUUGGGCUUAUUGC